ACGAAGUACGUAGGGUUUUAUGUAAGAAGGCUUAACUUUCCCGCCUCUAGCAACUCCAGGGAACCAUAUGUAACAACAAUUUAAAAGAUCGAAUUGGCAAGUAGGGUUGUUGGCCGCAGUGCCCUGCUUUUUCUCGUGCUAAGGUGUCGACUGAACAAAAACAAGUAUAAAGGUAGAUUGGUAGUUUACCAGGAGCACAGUGAAAAUAUACGAGUUGUCUUAUAAAGUUAUAGCUUGGAAGAAAUAGUCCGCGCGAGCAACCGAAACACAAUGAGAUUACGAACCGUGUGUUUUGUUAUUUUAUGUAUCUCCUGCUACGCCAACGGCGGUUACACUGGUUACGGUGGUUAUGACAAUGGUGCUUCUGGUUAUGGUCAACCUUAUGGAUUUAAACAUGGCAAAGGAGUUGCAUUUAAGACACGUCAUCAUUUUCCAGGUGGAUAUGGCGAGGGUGCUUAUCAAGGGAUCGGGCAGAGUGUCCACGUAGAUCUUCCUGGUGGCGGCAAGGCCUACGGCUACUCAGGAGGCUAUAGCAUGGGCUAUGGAGCCAGCUAUGGCCAUGGUGCUCCAAAUCAUUUCUCGGGAGGACUCGGUCACGCAGUGGGACACGGCAAAGGUUACAGCGGUUCGUUUGGCUACGGUAACCCAGCUGUGGGGCAACAUGCCUUGUCUGGCCUUCACCAACAAAUCCAAAACAUUGUCCACAGCGCAUUCAGCGGAGGUCAUCAAGGUGGCUUGUUUGGUGGCAAUCCUUUCUUGCCGUUUUAAUUCUUCCAUUAUAAAUCUUUUUGUUAUUAAAUGAUAUUUAUUAUACUUCACUGCUUGGGAACAAGAGUUUAAUGUAAC